UCGUCCUCGUCAUCUUUCAUCAGCAUUAAGUUAAAGUACAUAAAGACGGUUACCUCUCUUCAAAGGCACUAAAAGCGAAUCAAAUAGAUGAUACGAUAAAUGCAUAAAGUUAUAAAUACAAAGUAUGUUUCAUUUUCGAAAAAAUUUUCCGACGGAAAUUUCAGCGUUACUCAUCAAAAUCAUGACGCAUACUUUUUCUCGCACCUUGAAUACAUUUAGCUUGAAUGUUAUAGUUUAAUGUUACACGAUUUCAUAUUGAUUUUUAAAAAAUUCUUAUAUUCAAGCCUCUUCUUGUAGACGUACAUAAUUUUUUUAGAAGUGAUACAGAGCUUUUUCAAUAUCAUCUCUCGAUUGUAUCUUCGAAGAAAAUGUGUUUUAAAGGUAAUAUAAGGUUAAAUGUGUCAUUUAAACUCCACUUUCGAAUAAUCUAAAAGUAAAGAUGCUAAUUCUUUUUAAUCUAGACUUUUUAUUAGCUGCGGCAAAAGCUGAAUAAGUCAACAUCAAAUAUCUAGAUAAGACAUGGCAUAGCUCGAUGGCUUCAUCUUGACACAAUGCGCUCACUCUCAUUUUUGCCAUCGUGUAUCGCCCGUGACGACAGUUCAUCAUUUUUAUGGCAUCGAGGCUGUGUUUUUACGCGGCGUCACGUGGCCCGGGGAAUAAUUAAAGUGGAGCACACGUCGAGAGCUCGCGGGAUCUUGGUCUCGGUGCUGCGCUCGUGUGUUUACCGCGCGCGCGGGCGCUUAUAUUCCGCGAUUGCUCGUCGCAAUUGUCGACGUAUAUUAUUGUAACUAUAUAGCAUACAUACACACGCGUAUCCUGACAGUUGAACAGCAACUGGCUGUGCUUGUGUGCGUGUAUAUUGCCGCAUAUUCGCUCGCGACACACGGCAACGCAGUUCGUGCACGCGUUCGACCGCAGUUUGAUUUCGCGCGGUGCAACACGCCUCCACUACAUUACCCUCGAAUAAACCAUUUGAUUUGUGGCUGGCCACUUUUUCAUUUUCGGAAUGUAGCGCUCAGUUUUGUCCUCUCUGCCGUGUUGCUACAGUUGCCGCUGCCGCCGUUCACUAUAUAACAAUUAUUGUGUUUUCCGUGCGAUAUAUGUUGAUCAAGUUUUUCCAACCAGUUUAUCGUUCGAUAUUGUGCACGAAUUACACGCGCGCGCACUCAAGCAUAACAAAUAGUUGUUGAAAUUUCAUUAACUUGUGCUUGUUUGCUCACUCCGAGGGUUAAUUCAAGUAAGACCGAUGUAAAUUCAUCGGAGAUGUAAUGUCUUAUCGCAACUGGCAGUAUUGAAUUUAUUGCACAAAUAAUAUCAAAUAACCACUGGUGCAUUAUAAACUCCAUAUAUUGAUUUUAACGGAAAUUAAUAAUUAAUGCCGAAAUCUAGACCAGUUUGAAACCAAAUCAUUGGCGAAUCAUUAAUUGAUAAUCAAAUUACCAUCGUUAUUGAUAUUAAAAUCGAUCGAUAAUAUAAACGUAUGCAAUAUAUAUUUCAAAAAGUGUUUGUGUGAGCACCAGGAACUCAGAUAUUAAACUCGAUUCUUUAAAAAUACGUUUUAAUAAAAAAAGGUUACGAUCGCGUCGUUCGCAUGUCGAUUCAUCAUUACAAGCCACACACUAAACAUGAAUAGCAGAGUUGAAUCAUUAAUAGUUUUGGGGCUCUUGGUGCUUGUUUCGAGAGUGUUGGUAUCGCUGGCCGUAAAAGAGCCGCCCGAAGUGAAUACAAAUUUUGGCCGGGUUAAAGGACUCUGGCUUUCGACGGUCAGACAGAGAGAAAUUGCAGGUUUCAUCGGACUCCCUUAUGCUGAACCGCCGGUUGGGGAUCUUAGGUUUGAGAACCCGCGACUCUGGACAGAAAAAUGGAACGAAACAAAGAACGCCACGGAAGAUCAAUCGGCUUGUGCUCAGGGAAAUGUCGGUAGUUCCGAAAUUUUAGGUAGCGAAGAUUGUUUGUAUAUCAAUGUGUUUACCCCAGUCGUUUACGAAGUUAACGACACCACUACGAGCGGCUCGGAAAGGCUGCCUGUAAUCGUUUAUGUACACGGCGGCUCUUUUAACUUCGGCAGUAGUAACACGUCAAAAUUAGCCCCAACUUAUCUGCUGGAUCACGAUGUCGUUCUCGUUACCUUCAAUUACCGGCUUAAUGUAUUUGGUUUCUUCAGUACAGGAAAUGCGGUCACACCCGGUAACUACGGACUCAAAGAUCAAGUUGCGGCUCUCCAUUGGGUGCAAAAUAACAUCGAGGCUUUCGGUGGCGAUCCACGAUCCGUAACCUUAGUGGGCAUUAGUGCCGGUGCUGCGUCCGUGCAUUUGCUGGCCACGAGCAAUGCUACGGAAAAUCUUUUUCAUAAGAUUAUCACCAUGAGUGGAGUGGCCACUGCCCCCUGGGCUUUUCACACUAGAGAAGAUAUAAGAAAUUCAUCGAUGGUAGUUGCAAAACGGUUGCUGUGUGAUAUUGAGAGUAUUUUGGAAAGAGAGGAGCUAGAAGAUUAUGAAGGUAGUGGCAAUGACACUGAAUUAAUCGAAGAAAACAAUUAUUUGACCGAAGAUGCUAAAGAUCAAAAAGUACUUGAAUGUCUAAAGAAAGCUGAUUACAAAAAAUUAGUGCAAGCAGGAUAUUGGUUUGAAUGGCGAGGAAAUCCAGCUUGUUACUUUGGACCAACGUUAGAAGCUGAAGCUGACGGGGCUGUUAUAACGACACAUCCAGAUUACAGUUUAAAACAUGGCCAAUUCAGAGAUAUACCUUGGAUAUCUGGAUUAGUAAAUGAUGAGGGUCUCGUGAAAACUAGUGAUCUAUUUUUAAUGAGUCAAUUAAAAGAGGAAUUUUUGGAGAAUUUUGACUCUUUACUGCCUUAUGUUUUGGAACUUCAAAAUAAUAUUGAAGAUUUUAAUGCUUCUAAUAGAGAAAUAGUGAAUUUUUAUUUUAAUGGUGAACUUGAUCCUGAACUUUUUGAUGAAAAUAUAACCGAGAUGAUAGGAGAUGGUAUUAUGGCAUGGCCAACUUACGAAGCUUUGAAAAUUCAAAGUGCAAAAAUGAAGUCUAAUGCUUAUUUUUAUGUUUUCUCGUAUGAAGGAACAUUUAGCAAUACUUUUCGAUGGGACAUUCCUUUCCAUUUCGGUGUUGCUCAUGGUGAUGAUGCAAAUUAUUUAUUUCCCAUUUUGAAUAAAAAAUUUGAAGAACUGCAACUGAUGAAUACAUUGGGAGAUAUAACAAUGAUUAACAUAAUGUGUGAGUUAUUCAGUAGUUUUGCACAAACUGGAGUACCAAGCGCCAGAUUAACAACUGAGUGGGAACCUUUCCAAAAAGCACAUCGUUUCUUAAGGCUUGGAUCUGAUCACAGAACAGACAUAAAUAUGGAAUCUAAUUUUUUACCAGAACGCAUGUCAUUUUGGUCUGAAUUGAUGUCCAACUAUUCAAGACCCGUGCGUGAAAUAAAAGUUGGACUCAUAAAUUCGUCAAUUAAAAAUACUUCACAAUUUACCAUAAUAUCAUUAUUACUAACCUUUUUUAUUCACUUUUUCUUCUUGAGUAUUAGGUAGAGAUGUAUUCGAAAAUGUUAACUAUAUUAUAUGAUAAUAUAUAAUGAACACUUUUUUGUGACGUGUGAUGUAAUUGUUUUUUUCUUAAAAAAUUAAUGAAAAUAAAAAUAAAUUUAAUACAUUGAAUAACAAA